GGGGAACUUUGAGAAGUCGGUGUAACAUCGGAGCUCCGUGAUGAAAAGGAAAAACUUUUCCCAGCCGAAGUAAAAAAAGUUUGCAAACUAUCGAGGGACGAUGGGACUCCCGACUCUGGAGUUCAGCGACUCUUUCCUGGACAGUCCGGAUUUCCGAGAGCGUCUGAAAUGCCAUGAAAUUGAGCUGGAGCGGACAAAUAAAUUCAUCAAGGAUCUGAUCAAGGAUGGGAACAUGCUCAUCACUGCGCUCAAGAGUCUUUCUGCUGCUGUCCAGAAGUUCUCCCAGUCCCUGCAGGAGUUCCAGUUUGAGUGCAUAGGUGAUGCAGAGACGGACGAUGAGGUGAACAUUGCCCAGUCGUUUAAAGAGUUCUCCCAGUUGUUGAACACGGUUGAAGAGGAAAGAAGACGUUUGAUUCAGAAUGCAGAUGAUGUCUUGAUUACUCCCUUGGAAAAAUUUCGAAAGGAGCAAAUUGGUGCGGCAAAGGAGGUGAAGAAGAAAUUUGACAAGGAAACGGAGAAAUACUACUCCACGCUCGAGAGACACCUCAACCUGUCAUCCAAGAAGAAGGAGGCGUAUCUGCAAGAGGCUGAUGCGCAGAUUGAUAAGGAGAGACAACUCUUUUACGAUGCGUCCCUCGAGUAUAUUUUCAAGAUACAGGAAGUACAAGAAAAGAAGAAGUUUGAGUUUGUUGAGCCGCUCCUGGCCUUUCUUCAGGGUUUGUUUACAUUCUACCACGAAGGAUACGAGCUGGCUCAUGAAUUUGAUCCAUACAAACAACAACUCCAGUUCAACCUACAAAACACUCGAAACAACUUUGUCAGUACCAAGCAGGAAGUGGAGAAGCUGAUGAACAGGAUAAGGUCUGCAGACCAGGACUAUAAACCUCCGGGCCUGUGGACGAUGGAGGGCUUCCUGUACGUGCAGGAGAAACGUCCUCUGGGAUGCACUUGGACACGUCACUACUGCACAUACGACAAAAGCAACAAGACCUUCGCCAUGAUCAACACGGAAAACAAGUCAGCUGGGAAGCAGAAUGGACUUGUCCUGAAUCAGCCAGAGAUGUUCAGGCUCAAGUCGUGCAUUCGAAGGAAAACGGACUCCAUCGACAAGCGUUUCUGCUUUGAUAUUGAAGUGGUGGAGAGAAAUGACAUCUAUCGUGGAACUCUUUUCAGACCGCUUCAGUUUUUCUGUAAAGUCCGGCAUGGCGUUAUGACGCUGCAGGCACAGUCGGAGUCCAACCGGAGAUUGUGGCUCGAGGCCAUGGAUGGCAAGGAGCCGAUUUACAACCUGCCAGCCAUAUUAAGCAAAAAGGAGGAGACUUAUCUUAAUGAGGCAGGUUUUAACUUCGUAAGGAAAUGCAUUAACCUGGUCGAGACGAGAGGCAUAAGCACGAUGGGACUGUACAGAAUCGGAGGAGUUAACUCCAAAGUACAGAAGCUGAUGGCCACUUUCUUUUCUACGAAGGCACCAGUGGACAUGGACGUGGAUCCGGAGAUGUGGGACAACAAAACCAUCACCAGCGGUCUGAAGAACUACCUCAGGUGUCUCUCUGAGCCUCUGAUGACGUUCAAGCUCCACAAAGAUUUCAUCAUGGCUGUUAAGUCCGAUGACCAGAACUACAGAGUGUGUGCCGUCCAUGCUUUGGUUCACAAAAUGCCCGAGAAGAACAGGGAGAUGCUGGAGUUACUAAUACAACACCUUGUCACGGUUUCUGCACAAAACCAGUCCAACCUGAUGACCGUGUCCAACCUGGGGGUGAUCUUCGGGCCCACUCUGAUGCGGUCGCAAGAGGAAACCGUUGCAGCCAUGAUGAACAUAAAGUUCCAGAACAUCGUAGUUGAGAUACUCAUCGAAAACUUCAACAAGAUCUUCCACCAGCCUCCGGACCCCAACGUGCCGCUGCCGCAGCCGCAGAGCCGGCCCGGCUCCCGCAGGAGCAGAGCCAUCUGCCUGUCCAAAGGACCCCGGAAACCCCGUAGCCUUUACACCCCGACUCUGUGCCUGGCAGAUGCAGAAAGUCCCUGCAUAGGCGACACCUUCAGCAGCAGCCCCAGCAGCACCCCCAUGGGCAGCAUGGAGUCCUUGUCGUCCCACUCCUCGGAGCAGAACUCCUCCUCCAAAGCGGCUCCGUCCGGGCAGGUGGGGGCGAACCAGGGCCGGUCUCUCACCGACCUCCGCCGGACGCCGUCGCAGCACUCCAACGGCCCCAGGAGCGCGGCGUGCGUCAGCAGCCCUGACUCCAGCUCCAGGGAGGACGCGGGGCGGACGGACGGGGAGUCGGAGGACGCGCUCAGCCUGUCCUCGCUCAGCUCCACGCCCAGGAUGUCUCCCGCGCCCAAAAAGGCCCCCCACUGCUACGCCGACCUCAGGCCGGCGCUGAUGCAGCGCUCCACCUCGCCCUCAGCGAGGUCGCUGCAGGCAUCUGACGGCCACAGGAGCUGCUCCGGAUCCGCCCAGAGUUUGUCAACACGGGAGUCCAAAGAGAGUGUCAAGUCUGCUGCGAACCCAGACCUCCCGCCGAAGCAGGUGGUCCGCCGCAGGACGGACACCUCCGUCAGCAACGGCUACCAGAGGCCCGGCUCAGUGGUUGCUGCCAGAGCAAUGCUUUUUGAAAAUGCUUCAUCCUCGCAGUCUGCAUCAGUCGCAAGAGAUGCCAAGGCUAUGUAUUCCUGCGAGGCGGAACACAGCAACGAGCUGAGCUUCCCCCAGGGGGCGCAAUUCUCAAACGUCUACCCAUCUGUUGAACCAGGCUGGCUCCAAGCAACAUACGAGGGGAGAACAGGCUUAAUCCCAGAGAAUUACGUCGUUUUCCUGUAACAGGUCAUAAACUUGCCGUCUCCUUCAUGGUAUCCAUGGAAGAAAAGAAAAGAAAAAACAAAACAAAAAAAAAACCCAAAACCUUAUUGUUUAUUGUUGUUAUGUUCUUAUUGUGUUAUAAACUGCCAUUUCUGCAUUUUUAUGCAUUUUUUUAUACUUCUUUUUUUUUUAGCAAUAGAAAAGUAUACCUCCGUUUCUGAAAUUAAGAUGUGGUUCGGAGGAUCUGUAGAGAUUCAGAAAAGGCAAUUGUGGCAUUGCUGUUCAACAUAAAUGUGUAACCCAUCGACUGCACUGGAAUCAUAAAAACGAUCUCCUCUUUCUUUUCAGACAGUUUAUUCUCACAAAUAUAUCACCUCUUCAAUGUCAACAUAAAAUAUUCAUCAAAUUAAUGGACAGCUGUUGCUUCGUCGCCACUUUGUUUUUAACUGUCAAAAACAAGCUGUGAUUUCAAAGAGAAACAUCUAAUCUAUAUAUGAAUAUAAGAGAAAGCAAAAUAGAUUUGCACCUUUGCAAUUUUGUUUAUGCACUCUGAUCGUCGCUGGUCCUGAACCUGCUCACUGUCGCAGCUACACGGUACUGUACUGUACAUUACUGCUACUAGGUUUUACUUGCAUUAAAAGAUAUUCACUUCUCAUAACUGUAAUUACAAUGCCUUGUCACAUUAAGUAUGCGCUUCAUGUAAAAUAUGUUUUUCUAUUAUAAUGUAUGAGAUGUUGGAAGAUGAAGCCUCUGCCUGGAGUGUCUGCGGUGUUUGGCCGUCGCCAGGACGCUGGAGUUCUCGGAAUGACAAGCAGACAAUUAUCAGAUUAUACUGUCUUUGAACAUGAGAUUUAAUAAUUAAUUUACUCUUUUUUGUCACAAUAUUUUUAUACAGCAGAGUCAGAACUUAGCUCAAACAGUUAACUUAAUCAUUCUGUUUCAGGAAAACUAAAAUUAAAUUAAAGUCAGAAGUGUCAAUGACAGUUUGGCUUUUUUUCACUUAUUACAAGCUGAGAGGAAACUCCAAAGUUAAACUUUCUCUUGUUGACUGAAUGGCGUUUGGGAGUAUACGUAUUUGACAUUGCGCUGCUGCCAAGAUCAGGGUGUUCUUUUCCAUUUAUGUUUCUGAGAACGCAAGGCGGCCUUGACCGGGGAUGCUGGACUAGCACUCCCUUACUGUCGGAAUCUGCAGGGGCAUGUCACGGAAAUUAUAUCCAUAUCCUGAACAUGUAAAACUUUUUUUUUCCAUAUAUAUAUAUAUAAUGACAGUUUGAUCCCUCGCAAUCAUCUACUGUAUCUGUACAUAAACAGGUUGGUAAAUAAACAGAGUGAUUCAUUAAACCUGUUGUC